CCAUGUCCCUUGCAUCUCCACCAUUUCACAUACUUUUUCUCCUUAAUAUUAGUUGCUUGUGAGAAUUACCCGGAACAAGAAAUUGCCUCAACUUUCAGGGCUAUUUAAUUUUCUGCCCUCUUUAUUAGUACUCCUCACACACACAAAAAACAAAAUCUUGCAAACUUCGGGUAUUACUCAUGGGCAACACUUUUGGUUCUAAGAAGACCACAAAGGUCAUGAAAAUAGAUGGCGAAUCAUUCAAGCUGAAAACGCCAGUAAAAGCUGGUGAAGUGCUUAAGGAUCACCCGGGUCUCGUUUUGCUUGACUCAGAGGCGGUCAAGCAUUACGGGACACGGGCGAAGCCUUUGGAAGCGCAUAAGGAGUUGCAUCCAAAGAGGCUUUAUUUUCUCGUGGAGCUUCCAAAGGAGACGAAGCCGAGAAGGGUUCGUUCCGGGAUUAACAUGAGUGCGAAGGACCGGUUGGAGAGUUUGGUGCUUACAAGGAGGUCUGCUUCUGAUCUUUCGAUCAUGAAACAACGCGAUGUUGAUGGUGGUGGUGGUGGUGAUAGUAAGGAGGAGAGUGUUGGUGGUGGUGUGAGGUUGAAGAUGAGGCUUCCCAAGGCGGAGGUGGAGAGGUUGAUGCGGGAGUGUAAAGAUGAGGCAGAGGCGGCAGAGAAGAUUAUGAGUUUGUAUAAGGCGGCGAGUGAAACAGCGGAAAAUGGUGGAAAGGAGAGUACAAAGGCAGUACGUGAGAAAAGGGUGAGUUUCAUGCCAAUCAAUGAAGGAGGAAUUCAAGUGGCUGUGGCUUCAUAAACAUUUACAACACAUUAUCCAUGAAGCCAAACAUUGAAUAUCCACAGAUGGAGCAUUCUUACACUUAGUUAAAUAAGAGUGAUGUUAUUUAUUUAUACUAUAGAUAGGAUCCUAACUGGUCACUGUUAUAUACAGGUUUUGUAUAUUAGUUUCAUUAUAGAACAGAGGAAUCUUUAUUUCUUUAGUAAAUUUUGUUGCUCCGUUUGUGCCUUGUGGUGACUAGUUGGAAAAUGGGAACCUAUGUGUUGGAUAUAUAACUAGCACAACUCCUAUAAUGAUACAUAUGUACAUAUUGGGGAUAUCUGUAUCCUUAUGUUGAGACGACACAUUACUAAUGAAGGACUGCUAGUACCAAUA